CGGUUUCCUUCCCCAAAUUUUCAAUUCCAGCCUCCUUUGUUUCUCACUCUAGGGUUUUCUCUUCUCAUCGUCAAAGGGUUUUCCGUUCGAUUUGGGAAAGAUGAGGCCUGUUUUCUGCGGCAACUUCGAUUACGAGACGAGGCACUCGGAUCUUGAACGGCUGUUCUCGAGAUAUGGGAGGGUUGAUCGCAUCGACAUGAAAUCUGGGUUUGCUUUUGUUUACUUUGAGGAUGAGCGUGAUGCUGAAGAUGCUAUUCGUGACCUCCAUGAUAGGCCUUUUGGCUAUAGUAGACGCAGGCUUUCGGUGGAGUGGUCAAGGCAAGGGGAGCGUGGUGGACCUCGACAUCGUGAUGGUUCUCGGUCAAUGGCAAAUGCGAGACCUACCAAAACACUCUUCGUCAUUAAUUUUGAUCCAAUCACCACAAGGACUCGUGAUAUUGAAAGGCAUUUUGAGCCCUAUGGUAAGGUGUUAAAUGUUCGUAUCAGGAGAAAUUUUGCAUUUGUGCAAUUUGAAACACAGGAGGAGGCUACAAAGGCUCUGGAAUGCACCAACAUGAGCAAGAUAUUGGAUCGAGUGGUUUCUGUUGAAUACGCUCUUAGAGACGAUGGAGAGCGAGGUGACAGCCCUAGAAGGGGAGGAGGCUAUGGGAGGCGUGGCGAUAGUCCUUAUGGCCGUUCUGCGAGGAUUCACAUUAUCACUCCUCCGUAUCAAACAUCCAAGGUAUGA